AUGCCUCCAUCUCCUUUAGACGACAGGGUAGUAGUGGCACUGACCAGGCCCGUCCGACCUCAGGAUCUCAAUCUCCGUUUAGACUCCAGCUACCUUGAAUCUGCCUCUUCAGUCGGGGAUAGCCACACGGCCCUGAUUACCACCACAGUAGUGUCUUUAAAGGCUGCCAAUCUCACGUAUAUGCCCUCAUCCAACGGCUCUGCCCGCUCUUUGAAUUGUGGAUGCAGCAGUGCCAGUUGUUGCACUGUGGCAACCUACGACAAGGACAACCAGGCUCAGACCCAAGCCGUUGCCGGCACCACCACCAACAUCGGGACUUCCACCACCUGCCCUGCCAACCAGAUGGUCAACAACAAUGAGAAUUCCGGCCCCCUGAGUCCAGGCCGGGUGGGGAGUCCGGUGUCCGGGACGCCCAAGCAGCUAGCCAGCAUAAAAAUCAUCUACCCCAAUGACUUGGCUAAGAAAAUGACCAAAUGCAGCAAGGGUCACCAACCAAGUCAGGGACCCGUCAUCAUAGACUGCAGGCCGUUCCUGGAGUACAAUAAGAGUCAUAUUCAAGGAGCUGUUCACAUUAACUGUUCCGAUAAGAUCAGCAGGAGGAGACUGCAGCAGGGCAAGAUCACCGUCUUGGACUUGAUCUCCUGUAGGGAGGGCAAAGACUCUUUCAAGAGGAUCUUUUCCAAAGAUAUCGUCGUUUAUGAUGAGAAUACAAAUGAACCAAACCGGAUGAUGCCUUCUCAGCCACUUCAUGUAGUCUUAGAGUCACUGAAGAGAGAAGGCAAAGAACCUCUCGUUUUGAAAGGUGGACUCAGCAGUUUUAAACAGAACCAUGAAAACCUCUGUGAUAAUUCCCUGCAGCUCCAGGAGUGCCCGGAGGGCGGGGGAGGGGCCUCCGCAUUGGCCCCCUCUGCACUACCUCAGUCCAUCCCCACCACACCCGACAUUGAGAACGCCGAGCUGACCCCCAUCCUGCCCUUCUUGUUCCUCGGCAACGAACACGAUGCUCAGGAUCUGGAGACCAUGCAGCGGAUGAACGUGGGCUACGUCAUCAAUGUCACCACCCACCUUCCCCUCUACCAUUAUGAGAAAGGUGUGCUCAGCUACAAGCGGCUCCCAGCCACUGACAGCAACAAGCAGAAUCUGCGGCAGUACUUCGAAGAGGCGUUUGAGUUUAUCGAGGAAGCUCACCAGUGCGGUAAAGGGCUGCUGAUCCAUUGCCAGGCCGGAGUGUCUCGCUCAGCCACGAUCGUCAUCGCCUACUUGAUGAAGCACACGCGCAUGACUAUGACUGAUGCCUAUAAAUUUGUCAAAGGCAAACGACCAAUUAUCUCUCCCAACCUGAACUUUAUGGGGCAGUUGUUGGAGUUCGAGGAAGACCUCAACAAUGGCGUGACCCCACGAAUCCUCACACCAAAGCUUACUGGAGUGGAGACGCUCGUGUGACCGUGUGUUAGCAGGACAGCAUCCAAGGAAGGGAUUUCUGCUCUUUGCUUGCUCUGGAAGUGAGAGUCGAGACUCUUUUCUUUUGAAGGGGGUAAACUUUGAAUUUAAACAAACUUGUUUAAAACCAUAUUUUUUUAAGCAAGUGCAAGAAGAAUUUCACUUAUUUUGAUGCCAUUGAGAUUCUCUUCCCUCCAGGCUGAUAAAAAGGGAGGUGGAGAAGUCAUUUUUAAAGGCAACAGUAAAACAAAAAAGACUUUCCUUUCUUCUUUUCAGCUACUUGUAGAGUAUAUGACUAAUUAGUCUGUGCAGGUUCAUAGACGGAAGAAACUACACUUCAAAAAGAAAAACAAAAGCCAAAAGUAAGCAGAAGAGAUACUGAAACAUACUGGCCUUGAUUCUGCCAAAGGUUUUUUUGUUUUCCUAAGGAAAACAAAAAACCCAGCAGAAAGAGCCAAUAGCUGUCACUGCUCAAAGAGAAAUCAGAGCAGCUUAAACUGGAAGGGUAGAACCCUUCUCUCACUCUUCAAGGAGACUAAAGAUAAUGUUUAUUUAGUGUGUUUUCAGGUUCUAGGGUCUAUUUUUCUAUUUGGGUUUAAGAGGUUUUUAACCACGAGGAACUUGACCAUUAUGCCUUUCCUGGCUUCUUGUGCAAUAAUAAAGGUGUUUGAGUGUGCAGAAUGAGUUAGAGCUGGCUGCCUAAUAUAAAAAUAGUGCAAAACUAGCCAGUUUGGAUUUAGAAAGGAGUAAGACACAAGCAAUUACUUUUUUUGGUUUCAUUUGAUUUGAUUCUGGUUACAGUGCCAUAACCCUUGUUAAAUAUGUAUAUCAGAAUGUACAAAAAAAGACAAAUUUAUUUAAAAAUAUUUUUCGCACAAUAUCCGUGUGUUUCUGUUGUCUGUGUAAAAAAAUUCUUUUGGACUAUAAAAAUGAAAAUUCUUUUGG